CAUUGCGUCACAUCGUGAAUCAAUAUGGCUCCGUUCGUUUCCCUCUGAGGAGCCUCUUGCGGCAGGAGUUUUUUCAACAAAUUUCUUUUGAAGCGAAAACACAAACACGGUCUUUUUCAAUUUAUUAGCAGCAGUGAGUGAUACAUGGGACGAUGGAACCUCUCUUUGCAUGUUCCCGCUGUUUCACCAAGCAUCCUUUUGAUGAAUUGUCUCAAGGAAAGCAAUUGUGCAAGGAGUGCAGAGGCUCUUAUCCAGUUGUGAAAUGCACAUACUGCAGAACAGAAUUCCAACAAGAAAGCAAAAAUAGCACAACAUCUGUGUGCAAGAAGUGUGAGCAGAAUGUCAAGACUCAUGGACAACCUUCAGCAUGUGUGUAUUGCAACACAAUUGCAGCCUUUGUGGGUGAUAAGUGUGAUCGUUGUAUACAUCAUGAGCGAAAGUAUGGACCUCCAAAGACUUGUGGCCAGUGCAAGCAAAGAUGUGCCUUUGAUCGUAGAGAAUCUAACAAGGUGGAUGGGAAACUCUUGUGCUGGCUGUGCAUGCUCUCGUAUAAAAGAGCAUUAGCCAAGACGAAGCAAACUGAUCCAACAAGGCAUUCACACGUGAGAACAAGCAAGAGUGCAUUAGCAGCAGCUGAGUCAGAUCCAGUCAUCUCUGAUCAUCUUGUGGCCAUUGCUCAGUUGAAGGAGGAGAUAGCUGCCCUUAACAAGCAACUUGGCCUUAAGGAUGCCCAGCUCAGAGAGAAAGAUAAACAGAUCACAGAGUUGAAAGCAUCCCAGUUGUCAGUGGAGCAGGAAUUGAGACGGAAACUGCGAGAGCAUGUGAAGGCCCAUGAAGUUCGAGAAGAUGAACUGGUAUCCCGUGUGAAAAUACUACAAAAGCAAGUGGCUUCUUUAUCAAAGAACAAGAGCAAGGGAUCCAAUAGCAACAGUCCUUCCAUCACUUGAGUUCACCACCUCCAAUAUCAUAGGAUAGGAUCUUCCCUCAGAAAGUUGUAGUCAAUUCCUGCUCCAUUCCCUGUUUCACCGAAAAGUGUGACUAAUGAUGCUAUUCUUCAGUAACUUUCUGGGAAAUGUGCUGGUGUCACAUUCAUGUUUUUUUUAUUUAUAACAUACCAGAUCAGAGAUUUUGUGGCAAGGAGGAAAGACUUGAACUUCAUGCCAAAGCUUUUUUUAAUUACAUCAUCAGUUGUUCCUAGCUUCUUGCACUAAGGUGAGAAGAAGACAGUUCUCUCUUUUUUUUUUUUUUUUUUACUCCCUUUUU